CUCCAAGAUCGUAAACAAAGGAGCAAAAUUGUAUUUUUAACAUGCCUUUAGUUAUAAUUUGUGGAUUACCAAGUAGUGGUAAAUCUUUCUUUGCUAAUAAAAUCUAUAAGCACUGUAGUUUAUCAAAGAAGUGUAUUUUAAUCAGAGAUGAAGAUGUACCAAACGGAUUUAAGAGAAAUGAUGUUUAUGCAUGUUCCCAGAAAGAGAAAGAGUUAAGGAGUUUCUUGAAAUCCCAAGUAGAAAGGCAUUUAUCAAAAGAUAAAGUAAUUAUUUUGGAUUCAACUAAUUAUAUUAAAGGAUAUCGAUAUGAAUUAUAUUGUAUAAGUAAAGGAUGUAAAACGACCCAUUGUGUGAUACACUGCGAUUUAUUACCUGAUGACUGCUGGAUUUAUAAUAAUGCUAAAAUACAAGCUGAACAGUACAAUAAAUCCAUAUUUGAUGCUCUUGUCCAAAGAUUUGAGGUUCCUGAAGAUAAAAAUCGGUGGGAUUCCCCUUUGUUUACAAUUCACAAAGAUGAAGAUAUACCCUUAACAGAAAUUGAAGCUGCACUCUUUUCUAGAAAAGCUCCACCGCCAAAUCAAUCUACACAAAAUCAACCUCUGUCCUCCACUAAUUUCCUUUAUGAUUUGGACAAAAUAACUCAAGACAUUGUGAAGGAAAUUUUAAAUUCUCAAAGAAUGUGUGAACCUGGUGAUCCAAUAGCUGUUCCAAGGGCUGAUCAAACAGUUCAUUUGACGAAGACUGCUACAGCUGGUGAUUUGACUAGAAUUCGAAGACAGUUCAUUUCUUAUACAAAAAGCCAUACUGUUUCUGAUAGUAAUAAAAUUCCAAAUAUGUUUGUGCAUUAUAUAAAUAAAAGUUUUUAACAUUUA